AUGCCCGUGCGGGCCAUUGAGUUUUAUAGUGGCAUAGGUGGCCUGCAUCUUGCACUUCGCCAAAGUCGUGUGGCUUGUUCCCCUGUGAAAGCGUUCGACUGGGAUCAAACUGCAUGUCAGGUAUAUGCAUCUAACUAUGGCGCCAAAAUAAUCUCCAGGGUAGACAUAUCAACCCUUUCUGCGGUAGAUCUUUUAUAUCUGCAUGCUGACGUCUGGCUCCUAUCCCCGUCGUGCCAACCCUAUACCAUCUUGAACCCUGCUGCUAGAGGAGAGGCAGAUCCUAGAGCGAAGUCGUUUCUUCAUCUGAUCGAUCAUGUUUUGCCGGACCUUGCUGCCCAGGAUUCGCAGCCUCGCUACAUACUCAUCGAGAACGUAGUGGGCUUCCAGGACUCGAUUACAAGGAGACGUUUAGUUGAUACCCUCCAACGGCUCGGCUACGUUGUUGCUGAGUUUCUUCUCACUCCUGUACAGUUUGGCAUUCCCAAUUCGCGACUGAGAUACUACCUUCUUGCGAAAUUAUCCCCCCUCCGGUUCUCAGGCCUUUAUGAAUCUCACUUCGAUCGAAUUCACGAGACGAUACCAGGAACUGCAUUAGACGUUCCUGUACACUCGUUACGCGAAUAUUUGGACCCUGCACACGAGGAUGGAAUUUUUCUACGUCACAGCAUCCCCGAUCGCGUCCUUUCGAAGUGGGGUCGUUUGUUCGACAUCGUACUACCAUCUGGUCGGCGGACCUGUUGUUUCACGAGGGGUUAUACCCGACUUGUUGAGCGUGCAGGUUCCAUACUCCAGGUGAAUGAGGACCUUGACACCACCGAGGUCUUUGACAGGUUUCUUGAAGCUCGAUCGCGGGGAGAUGUAGACGCUGUUCGCAUCCUAGAUCAGCUACACCUUCGGUAUUUUACUCCCAGCGAACUCUUGAAGAUCUUUCGAUUCGAGGAGCCAAAGUCCAAUCAACAGUUUCUGUGGCCACCCACCAUAUCUCUGAAAUCACAGUACCGGCUCAUUGGCAAUAGCAUCAAUGUGGAAGUCGUGCGACACCUGAUUGAUUAUCUUUUUGAUGGUGAUGAAUUCACAACGUGA